CCAGGGCAAGGCAGUUUCAUCCACUCAAAUGGCUCACUCUUGUGAUAUAUGUGAUCCCAUCUUGAAAGAUAUUUUGCACAUGGAUGAACACCAGGAAACACGUCAUAAACUGAAACCUUACACGUGUGAGGCAUGUGGGAGACAAUUCUCAUUCAGCACAAGCUUUCACCAGCACCAGAAGCACUACAGUAUAGAGAAAUCCUUAAGAGACAAAGGCAAGACCUCGUUUGUGAAAAACUGUAGAGUUUGUGAAGAACAUCACUUGUCAGAAAAGCCCUUUACGUGUGAGGAGGAGCAGAAACAGGCAGGUUUGGGCAGUCAUCAGCAAAAGGCCACCCGCAGCAAGAGGAAGACAAGGAACACUGAGAAUGGAGAGGCCUUUCACAUCGGACAGAUGCAUUACAACUGCAGUGAUUGUGGGAAGGCCUUUAGCCGCAAAGACACACUUGUCCAGCACCAGAGAAUCCACACUGGAGAAAAGCCAUACGAGUGCGGUGAAUGUGGCAAGGCCUUCAGCCGCAAAGCCACACUGGUGCAGCACCAGAGAAUCCACACGGGAGAGAGGCCUUACGAGUGCAGCGAGUGUGGGAAAUCCUUUAGCCGCAAAGACAACCUUACUCAGCACAAAAGAGUUCACACUGGAGAAAUGCCUUAUAAGUGUGGCGAAUGUGGAAAAUACUUUAGCCAUCACUCCAAUCUAAUUGUACACCAGAGAGUUCACAAUGGAGCGAGGCCUUAUAAGUGCAACAAUUGUGGGAAAGUCUUCAGACACAAAUCCACACUUGUUCAGCAUGAGAGCAUCCAUACUGGAGAAAACCCUUAUGUUUGCAGUGACUGUGGGAAAUCCUUUGGCCACAAAUAUACCCUCAUUAAACACCAGAGAAUUCACACUGAGGCAAAGCCUUUUGAGUGCAUUGAAUGUGGGAAAUUCUUUAGUCGAAGCUCUGACUUUAUUGCACACCAGAGAGUUCACACAGGUGAAAGGCCUUUUGUAUGCAGCAAAUGUGGGAAAGAUUUCAUCAGAACUUCCCACCUUGUUCGGCACCAAAAAGUUCACACUGGAGAAAGGCCAUAUGAGUGCAGUGAAUGUGGGAAAGCCUACAGCUUAAGCUCCCACCUCAUUCGGCACCAGAAAGUUCAUACUGCAGGAAGGCUUUAAGAGUGCUUUCAACACAACAGGACUCAUGGAGAGGAGCUCUGUGAUUACCUUUUGUGAGGGAGAUAUCAAUCAAAUGUUGAACUUCAUAUAUCUGAAUAUUAACAUUGGGGAGACACCUUAUGAAUGCCAAGUACAUGGGAAGCUUUCAGGGGCUGUAUUGCACUUUCAGUCCUGCUGAGGUUCCUUGCAAGAUUUCUGUGUCAAUGCCUGGCUGAAACCAUCUCAGCUCUACCAGUUUAGUUACCCUAAUAUCCUCAAAGAAUGCAGAAUUUUGUACUCUUUCCAAUCCCUGGAGGGAAUUAUAACAAACCUGAGUUAAAUGGGGGUGGGGGGGGCUCCUCGUUCCCUCCCACUGACUGGUAGAGGUGUGGACAUGACCCAUCUUUAGUAAGAGGACCUAAGUUGUGUUCUGGUAGCAAAGAAAGGUUUAUUUUACUUUCUUCAUGAACAUUGUUGGUUUCAUGUGAUAGUUGUGACAGUUUUCUCCAGCCUCCCAAGUCACCCAGCCUGGAGAACUACUUGCCUCAUGUUGCUCUGGCUAGCAUGAUAAUAAAGACAUUAUUUAAUCAUGAAGGUCCUU